AUGCUUAGAAGAGUAAUUAAUCGAUUUUCUUAUUAAUUUGGAGGAAUUCCAAAAUUUAUAAUGGAAAUUAAUGAUUUAUAGGAGAUAGAGAAAUUAAGUGAAGAAAGAAUGAUCUUUUUAAAUUGUUAUACAACAUGGUCAUCAGAAUGUAAAUAAUUCAAUAAAAAAUUAAUGGGUUAUUUAAAGAAUUAUGAGAAUGUAGGUACAGUUCUUAAUAUUGAUAUUGAUAAGAAUGAUUAAAUAAAAUAAUAAUUGUAGAUUUAAUCAAUUCCUUUUGUAGCUUUAGUUUAUAAGAAUUCAUUUAUAGAUAUAUAUUAGAAAAAUGAUAAUUUAGAUAAUUUUAUAUUAUCAAUAGAUCGUUUAUCGAGAGAAAUCAAAGGAGAAGAUAUAGGGGAUAAAAUUUUAGUGGAAUUAAGUCAGCAUUCAUUUUAAGAAAAUGCAAAAGAAUUAAUAUAAUUAAGUAGAAAAAGUUUGGAAAAUGAAAGAUUGAAAUAAUAUUAUGAUAAAUUUAAAUUAUAUUAGGCUAAGGGAUAUAUUAUAUUAGAAUAGUUUAAUAUGGCUGAGUAAUUAUUAAAUGAGAUUGAUAUAAAAUAGAAAGAUGAAGAUUUGAAUAAAUUAUACAAAGAGAUAAUGGAAUUUUAUAAAUUAAUAAAGGAAUGGAGUGAAUUACCAUAAAUAAUGAAAUAAGAAUUGAAAGAAUUAGAUAAGAAACCUGAUGAUUUGAAUUUGAGAUUCAAGAUUAGUGAAAGUGCAUUGAAUAAUAUGAAAUUUGAGUUUGCUAUAAAUAUAUUGUUGGAUGUAUAAUUGAUUUAGAAUGUAGUUGAUUAGAAUUGAUAGGAAUUGGGAAGAAAGAAAAGCAUAAAAGAGAUUGUAAUAAAUUUUCAAUUAAUUGGGUUCUUAAAAUGAGUUGGUAAUAAAAGGUCGUCAUGAAUUGACAUAGUUAUUAUAUUGA